GCUCCAGUCAAAUGUUUACAAGCACAGGCUCCAGUCAAAUGUUUACAAGCCCAGGCUCCAGUCAAAUGUUUACAAGCACAGGCUCCAGUCAAAUGUUUACAAGCCCAGGCUCCAGUCAAAUGUUUACAAGCCCAGAAUCUAGUCAAAUGUUUACAAGCCCAGGCUCCAGUCAAAUGUUUACAAGCCCAGAAUCCAGUCAAAUGUUUACAAGCCCAGGCUCCAGUCAAAGGUUUACAAGACCAGGCUCCGGUCAAAUGUUUACAAGCCCAGAAUCCAGUCAAAUGUUUACAAGCCCAGGCUCCAGUCAAAGGUUUACAAGCCCAGGCUCCGGUCAAAUGUUUACAAGCCCAGGCUCCAGUCAAAUGUUUACAAGCCCAGGCUCCAGUCAAAGGUUUACAAGCCCAGGCUCCAGUCAAAUGUUUACAAGCCCAGGCUCCAGUCAAAGGUUUACAAGCCCAGGCUCCAGUCAAAGGUUUACAAGCCCAGAAUCUAGUCAAAUGUUUACAAGCCCAGGCUCCAGUCAAAGGUUUACAAGCCCAGGCUCCGGUCAAAUGUUUACAAGCCCAGGCUCCAGUCAAAUGUUUACAAGCCCAGGCUCCAGUCAAAUGUUCACAAGCCCAGGCUCCAGUCAAAUGUUUACAAGCCCAGGCUCUGGUCAAAUGUUGUGA